GGGAGCGCCGCACGCGGGGGAUCAGUGGCGAGCCAGUCCACGCUGCGCGGGGGGCGCCGCACGCGGGGGAUCAGUGGCGAGCCAGUCCACGCUGUUCCCCCGGCCGAUCUUCAUCAAGACGCCAGCGGGCGGAAGCGGGAGAGUCAAUGUGUAUUUAACGAAGUGGUGUUGAUCAUUGAACACGAGCGGGCGCACCAGCGGUACAUCAUGGCGUUCUCUGUUCGCACCCUGCUGUUCCUGUUCGCCCUCAUCUGGGGGGUGAACAGCGCUCGGGUACUGAUGUUUCUGCCGUGCAGUGGAAAGUCCAUGAAGAACAUUUUCUAUGGAGUCGGCAGCGCUCUCAGUGCUCGAGGACACGAAGUGGUUUUCUUCAACGCGUUCAAACCGUCAUCUCCGGUGAAAGGUGUCCGAGAAAUUGUCCCCAUUGGAUUGGCUGCAGCGUUUUCCGAGGAAAACUUCCCAAACGCGUUCAAGAUCCGAGAGGAGGGAGUGUUGGCCGGUUGGAAGCAGAUACAAGCCCUAUCGUCCGUAGGACCGCGUGAAACAUUUGCUAGCAAGGAAUUCCAUCAGCUUCUCAAGGAGGAUUUUGACAUUGUCAUCCUGGGCGUCUUUGCAUAUCCGUUCUACGUCGUGCCAUACUUGUUGAAGACCCCAUUCAUCAUUCUGACCCCAAUAGCGUACUUUCCCCUUGUAACUGGCCCGCUGGGUAACCCUACGCUGCCAGCCGUGCACCCCUUUCCAGGCACCUCGAGUGCAGACGAGAUGAGCUUUCUGGAACGCCUCCAAAGUGUCAUGGGCCAUGCAUUCAUGCACGUGUUAGUAAGAGUCAUCUACGCGUCGUAUUCUGACAGACUGGUUGCGGAGAAGUUCGGUGCGGGCGUGAUUCCUCCAGCGAAUGAGAUUGAACGCAAUGCCAGCCUUGUCCUGCUCAGCAGCAACCCGAUGAUCGACUACCACAAGCCGUUGCUGCCCAACGUCAUCGAGGUGGGAGGACUGCAUUGCGAAAAGGCCAAGCCGCUGCCCAAGGAGGUGACCAGCUUCCUCGGCGACUCACAGUACAUAUUCUUCAGUCUGGGUUCCGUGGCACGUCCUCAGGACAUGUCUGAAGACCAACGCUCGGCGGUGCUCAACGCCCUCGGUGCGAUGCCUUUCAAGGUCCUGCUCAAGUGGGACACCACAGACCGCACCAACAUACCGGCCAACAUCCUGCCGUCCAAGUGGCUGCCACAGCAGGACAUCCUGGGCGACAGCAAGUGCAGGCUGUUCAUCUCACACGGCGGCUUCGCCAGCGUUCUGGAAGCCCUCUGUCACGGCGUUCCCAUGGUGACCAUCCCGGUCGCUGGGGACCAAGUGUUCAACGCUAAGAACGCCCUUCGCCUGGGCGUGGCCGAGGUCCUGACUUGGGAGAGCCUGACGUCCGAGACGCUGCAGGCGGCCAUCCGCUCCGCCAUGUCUCCCGGGCACCGGGCGGCGUCCCGCUACCGCCAGCAGCUGCUGGCCUCUCGGCCGGUGCCGCCCCGUGACCUGGCCGUGCACUGGGUGGAGCACGUGAUCCGGCACGGCGGCGCGCCGCACCUCAGGUCGGUGGGCGCCGACCUCAACUUCUUCCAGUACUACUCGCUCGACGUGGUCGCCUUCCUGCUGGCGGUGCUGGCGCUGGUGCUGAAGCUGCUAGUGGCUCUGGUCAAGUGUUGCUGCCGCUGCCUUUGCAGACGGAACACAGGUCCGGCCCAGACGAAAGCAAAGCGGUCUAAACGUGAUUAGACUCUUCGAAGCUUCAUAAUUGUUCAGUUUGCUGGAAGCUAGUAUGUCGGGUUGUGAUUUGUAUCUUUAGAUUUUUGCCUUUUCUUCGCCAACACGAAGUUAGAGCAGCUAGCCUGCUUAGAAAUCCAAUGUUACGCCGGAGUUCCACAGAUGGGGCAGAUCCAGCAGCAGAUCUUGGGAGGGUCCAAGAACUUGGUGUUGCAUCAUGCGAUAUGUCAGGGAGCGACUCAAGGUCAAUAGAAUGUUUUGCAAUGCCAAGGGUUGAACGGAAUGCGUCGGAGGUAAAUACAGCACCUGAGCGCAUAACCAUGCGAUACAAUACAGUGAAAUGUGAUAUGUG